UCCAAGAAGCCGACAGAGUUUUGUCAGCGAUUUUCAUAGUAGUUUAGCAAACUUGGGUGUUAAAGAACUGUCUAUUAGCUGCUCAAUUCAGUAUUCUGAUAAGUUCCUAAGUUAGUUCUAGAGUCAGUGAAGUCACAGCAAGACUGCUAAACGAUUAACACCAUCACAUACCAAUUAUGUGAGAUGACGAAUGCCAAAAAUGGACACUCGAAGAUAUUAUCCCCCAUCUAAUAUUACAUUUCAUAAUAAUCUGGCUUGGCCAGAUUUUAAUAUCGUUUUGGACAGUAAUGACAACUGGACUGUGGAGGUCAAAAAUACCUACAGCGUAAAGGCGGAACUGAGCGAAUUACCUCGGAACUGGGCCGGGCUAGUCACAAUUGUUAUCAUCGUAUCUACAAUAGUGGGUAAUUCUCUAGUAUGUGUAGCUAUUUCGAAGGAAAGGCGCCUUCAGAACAUGACCAAUUACUUUCUUAUGUCUCUAGCCGUUACUGAUCUCAUGGUCGCUUUGUUGGUUAUGCCAGUCGCCACCGUAAUUCUAAUGGAAGGUUACUUUCCCCUACCACCAGUCUACUGCUUGGCUUGGGUGUCAUUGGAUGUGCUAUUCUGCACUUGUUCCAUCAUGCAUUUGUGCACCAUUUCCGUGGACCGCUACCUAAGUCUAAGGUAUCCAAUGAAGUUCGGCCGGAAUAAGACAAAACGAAGAGUGAUCCUAAAGCUCUGUAUUGUGUGGUUGUUAUCGGUUGCCAUGUCUCUUCCACUCGGCAUGCUUUAUGAAAAGGAUUCUCAGUCUGUAAUCCAAAACGGGGUGUGUAAUACACUAGACCCAGUAUUUGCUGUAGUUGGGUCCGUCAUCAGUUUCUUCAUCCCACUUCUUAUAAUGGUGACAACAUACCUUCUCACAGUGAGACUACUUCGUUGUAAACAGAAAGAAGUCCUACUUACUGGAGAAGGAACAGUAUCUGAAUCAACACUUAAUCCUGAGAUUACUCAUGGGAGCAAGAAGAGUGACGGCAAGGUGAAGCAGAACUCUGUAACAAAUUUGCGUUCUUCCACUUCAAACCCAUAUAGCUCAUUAUUUUCUCUGAACAAAACAAACAUGGAAACGACAACCUUCACACUUAAAUCAAUAGAUAAAAAAAAUGACAAGGAAAAGAGAAACUUCGAGCUUCUGCCAAUUAGUAGCGGAAUUCCAGAUUCAGGUGCAAAACCUGCAAGUGGUAAUAGAUUUACACGUACAACAGAAAAUAAAGAGUUUCCCUCCAAACCCUUACUGGAUAAUUUAAAUUGGGUCACGAGCCUGUCGAGACGUACAUGUGGUUUUUCUGUAAAUUACAAAACAAAUAGCAACGGAAACGUUGUGUUAAGUUUGUGGAAGCAGAAACAUCCCAGGACAAAAUCACAGCGAAUUCUUAGCUGCCCAAAUUUAUUUUCGAAUGUUCAGCAUGACGAAAUAACAAGUAAAGGACCCCUUCUUACUUCAGAAUGGUCACUGAAGUCUUUUAACAAUCGCAAUUUACCUACCUCAUCUCUGCUUCUUGAAAAGGGUUUUGUUUCUAUUGAUUACGAAUGUGUCGCAAGUACAGAGACUACUUCCUUAACUGAAAAUCAAGUUAAAGCAUGGUUUGGAGAAAUACUUGAAAAUUUAACAACGGAAAACUCUUGUGAAAAGCAUGAAAAUCAACGCUUUCAACUUUGUUUCAAAGCUAAAACUUCUCAUGCCACAGAUCUCUUCUCAAGUUUCUACGAUCACAAAUCUUCUGAAGAUACGGAAGGUACAAGACCUAAACAGUCGACCUUAAAGAGCCAUGCUUCUUCUCCUUCUACUAGUAGAAUACCUUCUUUAAUAGGGCCCAACCGUUCCUAUUCAUCUAUUCCAAGCCAGUCAAUGUCCCGUCAAGAGUCCUGCUCAAUAAAAGACUCUAUUUACAAGAAGAAAAGACGAUCAACUUCAACAGACAAGCAACAAACAACAAGCAAAAGGAACCUUCUUAGACAUGGCAGAACCAUUAGACUUGAGCAAAAAGCUACCAAAGUGCUAGGAGUCGUAUUCUUUGCUUUUGUGUUUCUGUGGUCUCCAUUUUUUGUAACGAACCUUUUGCUGGGUCUGUGUCCAAACUGCCAGGACCUCAUCAGUCCAACAAUUAUGUAUAUCUUUGGAUGGAUGGGGUACUCUUCCUCAAUGGUUAACCCAAUAUUCUAUACUAUUUUCAAUCGCACCUUUCGACAAACAUUUCACAAAAUACUCACUGGGAAGUGGGGUCAGGUUGGUCAAUAGCUUGACCUUUGAAAGUAAACGAUACUGCUA